AUGAAGAAAAUGUCCCGUAAAAACUUUCGUGGUGGUCCUUUGUUCUCGACCAAGUCCAGUAGUUCUACGGCAUCUCAUAGUAACUCCUCAUCUCCAGGCAUGGGGGAAGCAGUAUACGUCGUGCGACAAUCUGAAAAAGACGGGAUUCCGUACGUGUCGAAAGCUACCGAGUCGUGUAUCUCAUCAGCUGUUAAUCAGGGUGAUAUCCUCAAGUUUGUGAACGUUGUACGUUCAAAAGACCAUUCGUUUUCCGACUUUUUCAAGAUAUUAGCUACGAUGAAAAAGCCCGUAUUAUUACGGUUUGAGCGACUAUCAGCCAGCACUCCGUCGUCAGAUGACGAAGAGAAUGCCCAGCUAUUUGGUGUUCCUCGCUCUAGCUCAACGAAUACAAUGAAUCCUUCUAGUCAUUAUGCAAGACAAAACGUUCCACAUGGUGACGAAACAGACAUGGCCGGCAAAAUUCAGAGAGCCAACUCGGUACCGCAGAAAGACCAGAAACCACCUAAGGCAACACGAGGGGCAUUUUGGCGUGCUGCAGGUGCCAAGGAUUCGGUUAGUCCAGUUAAUUCAUCGCACUCGAUUGGACCGAAUGCGAUGAAUGGAGGAAGUGAUCACAUAGCCACGCCGCAUGAGCAGCGCCGGCUGCCGAGCAAUAAAGACCACCAGGUUUCGCCACGAGACGUCUCACCGGCGAACGGGUCUGGAGGCAAUCUUUCACACUCACCUCUUGGACCACAUGAGUAUCAGGUGUAUUGGGAAACUGGGCCGCUCGGUCUGUUUUUUGGAGAAAACCGAUCGACGAGUUUGCCAGUUGUCACAAGAUCGACUCCAAGUGCGAAUCCAGUGGUGCGAUGUGCUGUUGCUGUCAAUGAUACGCUGGUGUCAGCCAAUGGCAUCAAGUCGGCGGAAUACACGUUCGAGGCGUUUUUUGGCCGCCUUCAGCAGAUGAAUAAGCCCGUACGGCUGGUAUUUAGGCGAAGACAAUCAACUGAUGCAGCUGUGACCAUUAGUCAAGGAGAGUCUCAACAGCAGCAGCAGCAGCUUCAACCACGACAGCAGCAAAUGCGUGAGCAGGAGCAGAAGCGUGAGCUGCAUAGACUUCGUGAUCAGCAGGAACGUGAACAGCAACAGUUAAGGGAACAAGAGCAGCUGCUUCGUGAACAGCAGCAGCAAGAACUAUAUGAACAACGACAGCAACAGAUUCGCGAACAGAAGCAACGAGAGCAGCAAGUUCGUGAACAGAAACAGCGAGAACAGGAGUUGCGUGAGCAACAGCAACGUGAGCAGCAAAUUUGCGAUCAGAAACAGCGAGAACAGGAGCUGCGUGAACAGUUGCAACGUGAGCAACCGCAACGUGAGCAACUGCAACGUGAGCAACUGCAACGUGAGCAACUGCAACGUGAGCAACCGCAACGUGAGCAACAGCAAACUCGCGACCAGAAACAGCGACAUCACCACGAAGGAGGGUCGCGUAGUCGCACAUCAUCUGGCACACAAGACGCGUCCCAGUCGUCAUCAACAUUACCGAAUGAGAGUAUUACGCAUCACCGUAAUCACACUUCUAGCCCAAUUACUAAGCGUGCUUCUACUACGUCCCCUUGUGCAUCUUCUCUUCAAGUCCAGUUGGAGUCCGAUGGCCAUCAUCAUGAGCACCGUCAUGGGGAUAAAUGGCACGAACGUACGCCCCCUCCUGGUUCCCCAGUAAUGUCAAAAGAUUCCGCGAACACAGGGCAACGUGAUGUAGCAGAAAAUGUCUCAGGUACUAAUUAUCAAAUGUCGCCAAAAGUCAAUACGUCUUCCAUGGUACGGAGCUUGCCAAAAUCUGGGAAUUCUUCGCCUAGUGCAUCGCCAAAUAUGGGCAGUUCUCCUAAGGUGAGCAGCUCGCCGUUGACUUCGCCUAGCUCGCCUUAUGUUGCAACGGAAAUCACCAACGACGCAAGCGAUUUGGCGCCGCCAUCCGCUAUGGACGUCGCUGACGAAGCGCCUGUUGCAGACUUUGCCACUGAGGUGGAGAAAGGGGCUGUUGAAUUAUCAAAAGAGAGCCUUGGUAAGAACGUUUGUGGUAAUCGAAGUCGCAAUAGUAGUGAAGAGCAACGACGGAAUCAAAAAGCAGCAACUACUGCGCAUGAAGCGGAGCCAGUGUUGUCCCCGGUCAGCAGCUUAACACGUCUGUCACCGACGGAGCCCUGGGACUUACCCGAGUACAUUCCAUCGCCGAGGAUUCUUAAGGUGGGGGCAAUAGCCGUAGACAAGGAUAUUGAUGCCGGUAUGUCGUUGUUACCAAGCGCUGACAUUGAUUUGGAGGACGUCGUUAUGGCUAAAAAAGCCAAGUUUGCUGUAGAAGCAGAACUUUUUGACGAAGUCGAGUUAACAGAGGUAGCAGAAGUGCCUGAUAAAGCUGAAUGCUCAGAAGCAGGAUUACCUGAAGAAGACGGGUGUGGCGAAGAAGAUGAGCUUGCCAAUGAAGCAGAGUUUAUAUUGCCACCACUGCCUGUGGGAUACUUAGCAGUCGAUAGUGCCAAUCUUGACGUGGAGGUAGGUAUGCUCGCGGAUAUUGAAAUGGGAAUUGCUGUUGACGAGGCUGACUCGGAAGUUGCAGAGAGCAGUGUGUCAGGAAGUGACCAGAAUACGAGCCCUUGGGAUCUCGAACUUGAAUCUGAUGACUCGAAGAUACAUCAUCACCACCGUAGUAGUGCUACUUCAGUGAGCGACGAAUCUAUGUCUUCAAGUGGCGGGAGCGCUUUGAUUGAUAACAACGUGGAAACCUCCAAGGUUGACUUUGCAGACGCGUCUGACCCAUCGGAUGAGUUCUCACACGAUCCGGAUAUUUCUCGUGAUAUUGAUAGCGUGGAGAGCGACAUCAUGAUGCGGGAAGCUCCUAAAGACAAGAUGGAUUCAGCUAAUGUACCGAAACCAAACAAAUCACCGUUGCACGCCAAUUUGGCUAAGUAUAAGAAGAAGGGUAAAACUGGUCGUGGUGUUGUGAAGCUGCCGGCACUCAGUGAAGAUGAUGCUUUGACGGUUCCGCUUGUCGCUCCAAAUGCUGUGAACACGACCAUCCAAGUGCGUGGUCGACCAAAACCCAAGUUGACAAUGGCAGACACUCCUGACAGUACGACGUUCUUAAUUAAGUGGAAGGAAAAUCGGAGCAUUGGCUUGCAGCUGAAGGAGGUACGUCUUGCCAAGGGCACGUACCCGUUGGUGACGGACGUAUGCCACGAGCCGUGUUGCGAGCUGCUGCGGCACAUUUGCGUCGGCGACGUAAUCGUUGAGAUCAACGGUCGCAACACAUCUACAAUGGGGGUGAAGAAGACUGUCAAUUUUCUUAAGACAUGCACGAAGACGACUUUGAUGAAGAUUCGUCACGGACCGGCGUUUGUGAACCAGCGAGUGAGGGCAACGGUAUGA